CUUCAACUGUCACUCACGACCUUACCUCUUUAUCUCUGGUUAGACUGGUGAUUUUACCCACUUCUGCGCUUGAACUAGACGACAGGAAUUCGCUUGACGGGAAGAGCAGGAAGAAUCAAGACCGAAGCAAGGAAGCAAAAGACGAGGGGUUUCGUUCGAUAUCCCCUGUCGCGCGCCAGCCACAUCAACCAGCGUUGCCUCGUUACACCCGAACCCGAAGCUUGUUUUUUUUCUAGUCACGACCUACCCCUUCGACCAACUCGAUCGAGAUUUUCCACGGCCAUACUUCCCAGCUCACACCUCUGCUAUCCUUGGGGACCCAAAGCAUUCUCGACUCCCAAUAUCCCGUAUCGAAGCGACUGAAGCGACACUCCCGUCUAUCCCAACCUCGAUCCCUAUCUACCGCCAACCGUCGCGAUGCGCUUCGGGAAGACACUGCGGUUGGCCGUGUACGCGCCAUGGAAGGACAAGUACAUCGACUACGCGAAGCUCAAGUCGCUUCUGCGGGAAGACAAGUACGAUGACGAAGACGUUGCGUGGACGGAGGACGACGAGAACCGCUUCUGCGACGAGAUCUUCAACGGUCAACUCGAGAAAGUCGCCGCGUUUCAGGAGCAGACCUUCAAGGCUCUGAAAGACCGAGUCGAAGCCGCGUUUGAGAAGCUCAAGGAAUUGGCACCGCCGACCAGUGAGGAGGAUGAGGGCGCGGAGAACGACCAGAUCAAGAAGCCCGACGCUGCGACGGCGCAGAAGCUGAAGGACAUUGAGACGGAGCUCGACAAGAUCACGACCGAAAUCUCGGAGCUGAAGAAGUACAGCAACAUCAACUACACUGGUUUCCUCAAGAUCGUCAAGAAGCAUGACCGCAAGAGGGGCGAUAGAUACAAGGUUCGCCCGAUGAUGCAGCUGAGCCUGGCGAAACGGCCCUUCAACUCGGAGCAAGGGUACUCGCCCUUGCUCAACAAGCUGUCCAUCAUGUACUAUGCCAUUCGGCAGCAGUUGGACGACGGCGCCGGCGAUGCGCAGCCACUGGAUCUUGAGAGCCAGGGAGAGACGCGGCACGGCGAGCGGUAUACCGCCCACAAGUUCUGGGUCCACCCGGAUAACCUGCUGGAGGUCAAGACGUAUAUUAUGAGACGUCUUCCGGCCCUUGUCUACAGCGAACAGUCAGCUAAGGAGCUGGAUGGAAGCAAUGACCCGACCAUCACGUCGCUUUACUUUGAUAACUCAAAGUUCGAUUUGUACGGAAAGAAGGUGGAGCGCAAGGCGGAGGCGUCCUCGCUCCGCGUGCGUUGGUACGGCCAAUUGAGUGCGAAGCCUGAGUUGUUCCUCGAACAGAAGAUUGUUGGAGAACAAGGAUCCAGCGAGGAGCGAAAGUUCCCCAUCAAGGACAAGUAUAUCAAGCCCUUCAUCGACGGCACCUACAAGAUGGAGAAGACGGUGGAGAAGAUGGAGCGUCAGGGCCAGCAGGCGGAGGUGGUUGAGAACUUCAAGAGCACCGUUGAGUCCCUUCAGGGCUUCAUGCAGGAGAACAAGUUGCAGCCCGUCUUGCGCGCAAACUAUGUUCGCACCGCUUUCCAGAAGCCCGCGGACGACCGCGUGCGCAUCUCCAUCGACACAGAGGUAGCCUUCAUCCGCGAGGACACGCUGGAUAGAGACAGGCCGUGCCGCGACCCGGCAGAAUGGCACCGUCUUGAUAUUGACGGUCGAAACCUGACAUACCCGUUCAAGGAUAUCAACCAGAGCGAGGUCUCCCGUUUCCCCUAUGCCAUUCUGGAGAUCAAGUUGAAAGAGGACCCUAACCGUAAGCGUCCUGCGUGGAUCACGGAUCUGAUGGCAUCUCACCUGGUGCACCCCACGCCUCGCUUUUCAAAGUUUGUCCACGGUAUCGCCUCCUUGUUCGAGGACUUUGUCAACAACCUGCCCUUCUGGCUGAGCGAUCUGGAGGCGGACAUCCGCAAGGACCCGCAGGUGGCUUUCGAGGCCGAGGAGCAGCGCAAGGCGCAGAGAGCCGAGGACGAGCAGGCUGUCGGCAGCUUUUUGGGCAAUAAGGUGAGCUCGUAUAAGAUAUCCAAGAGUUCGCCGGCCGGCCAGUCGUACCUCGCCAACAGAAUGGCCGCCGAGAGCUCGCGCUCCCAGUCGAGACCGGUCAACGACGAGUCCCAGCAGUCGUCGAGCCGCCAGAACGGCGAGGGCUCCAACGGCCAGCAGAGGAGCUACGGCACGCUCUCGUCCGUGCUCCCGGGCUUCUCUCUGUCCAAGUACUCGCAGGCGCGGAGGGCGCAAAAGAACCAGCAGCAGCUGCCCGAGGGCGUCGUGGAGCCGACCGAGUGGAUCAAGAACUCGGGCGAGCUCAAGAUCGAGCCCAAGGUGUGGCUGGCCAACGAGCGCACGUUCCUCAAGUGGCAGCACAUCUGCAUCCUGCUCGGCGCGCUCGCGGUCUCGCUGUACACGGCCGCAGGGGAGAAUUUCCUGGCCGAGGUCAUGGGUAUCGUGUACAUCUGCAUCGCCGUGUUUGCGGGCGUCUGGGGCUACGGCAUGAUGAGGCUGCGGAGGAAGAUGAUUAUCGGUCGCAGCGGCAAGGAUUUCGAUAACCUUGUUGGGCCGCUGAUUAUCAGCAUCGCGUUGAUGGCUGCGCUGGUGAUCAACUUUGUGCUUGCCCACCGCUCCGCUAUCGAGAGGAUGGAGGCAGCCAAGGAGGUGCUCAACGGCGGUAAUGCCACUGGCGAGCCUAUCCGACAAGAGCUCAUCUAAGGGGGAGGAGGGGUUUGUGAAGCAAAGUGGGAGAGGAAAAGCGUUGACUGAUGGAGCAUCUCAUGAGAUGCUCGCUUUUUUCUUUGUAAGCUGUAGUUUGUUUGCGUUUGCAUGGUUUGGUUGGUGUGUUGCAUUUGGAUCGGUGCUCUUUUCUUUUUUACUUGGUAUUGGUUAUGAUACUUGUCGACAUUAAGGUAGAAGAAGCGGUGUUGUAUGAGAUAGAUAUGGUGUGAUAGUCGAUAUUCUGUGUGUAUUUUUGUAUCUGAUGUGACUUUGGCUAGAGUGAGGUGAGAUGAGAUUGAGAGAAGAGAGAGAAGACAGGCUGAGUGUCUUCCUGAUGUUGGGAUGCCGUAUAGGCUUCGUGUUAGCUUGCGCUUAGACGGGUUUCCGUUUCGUGUGAGUACAAAGGAUAGAUUGGAAGGCAAUGUUUCGAGUCGUGGUAUCACCUAGAAGUUGCCUUGGCUAUGUCAGCCAGCUGACUGUUUAGUUCUCUUAGUGUGUGACAUCAGAUAUCAGGAAGGCGAUGAUUUUGGAGAG